CUGGAGCGCGCGCUGGCUGGAUGCUCUUCACGAGCGCACAUGUAGAGCGCUUGAUUUGCCGAGGAGAUCUUUCCCUCUCUUUGCUGACCACCAGACUCUCCAGCACAGUUUAAAGCGACUUCCCCCCUGACUUUAACAUCCCCGUUCAAGUUUCUUGAGUUGUAGUGGGGCUCUUCAUUAAUACCCUGGCCUUGUUAACUCCUGCGUGGUCCGAGCGGGACCGUGACAGCCUCCGCGGGGCCAGGCUGCGCGAGCCGUGGAACUGCCCCGAGCCGCGCGCGCUCAUGGAGGGAGACAUCAUGGACAAACUGGAGGACAUGGCUUCGGUCUACGAGUUCGACCCGUUAACGGGCAACAUCCCCGCCACCAAAGUGGAGAUCACAGUUUCGUGCAGGAAUCUUCUAGACAGAGACACGUUCUCCAAAUCUGAUCCAUUGUGUGUGUUGUACACUCAGGGUGUGGAGACCAAGCAGUGGAGAGAGUUUGGAAGAACGGAGGUGAUUGACAACACGCUAAAUCCGGACUUUGUCAGGAAGUACAUCCUGGACUACUUCUUUGAGGAGAAGCAGAGCCUGCGCUUUGAUUUAUAUGAUGUCGACUCUAAAAGUCCUGAUCUUUCCAAACACGACUUUCUUGGACAGAUGUUCUGCACACUGGGGGAAAUCGUGGGGUCACCGGCCUGCCGACUAGAGAAACCUCUUGGGGGCAUACCGGGAAAGAACUGCGGUAUUAUCAUCUUAUCUGCUGAAGAACUGGGGAACUGCAGGGACAGUGCAACCAUGCAGUUCUGUGCCAACAAAUUGGACAAGAAGGACUUUUUUGGGAAAUCCGAUCCCUUCAUGGUCUUCUACAGAAGCAAUGAGGACGGCACGUUUACAAUCUGCCACAAGACAGAGGUGGUGAAGAACACCCUCAACCCGGUGUGGCAGCCCUUCACCAUUCCAGUCAGAGCUCUCUGCAAUGGAGACUUUGACAGAACGAUCAAAGUGGAAGUGUAUGACUGGGAUCGUGAUGGCAGCCAUGAUUUCAUCGGUGAAUUCACCACCAGCUACAGAGAGUUAGCCCGAGGUCAGAGCCAGUUCAAUAUAUAUGAGGUGGUGAAUCCGAAGAAGAAGAUGAAGAAGAAGAAAUAUGUCAAUUCGGGCACGGUGACACUGCUGUCCUUCUCCGUGGAGUCAGAGUCUACUUUCCUUGAUUACAUUAAAGGAGGGACCCAGAUCAAUUUCACAGUGGCCAUUGAUUUCACCGCCUCGAACGGUAACCCAUCCCAGUCCACGUCUCUCCAUUACAUGAACCCCUACCAGAUGAACGCCUACGCCCUGGCGCUGAAGGCAGUGGGAGAGAUCAUCCAAGACUAUGACAGUGACAAGAUGUUCCCUGCGCUGGGGUUCGGAGCCAAGCUUCCCCCCGACGGACGGGUGUCCCAUGAGUUCCCCCUAAAUGGAAAUAUCGAAAAUCCCUACUGUAAUGGUAUUGAGGGGAUAUUGGAGGCGUACCAUCAGAGUUUGAAGACCGUCCAGCUAUACGGACCUACUAACUUUGCUCCUGUUGUAAAUCACGUGGCCAGUUACGCAGCUGCGGUCCAGGACGGCUCGCAAUAUUUCGUGCUCCUCAUCAUCACAGACGGGGUCAUAUCAGAUAUGUCACAGACCAAAGAGGCCAUCGUGAAUGCUGCCAAGCUUCCCAUGUCCAUCAUUAUUGUCGGUGUUGGACAGGCUGAAUUUGAUGCGAUGGUUGAGUUGGAUGGUGAUGACAUCAGGAUCUCCUCAAGAGGGAAAUUAGCAGAGCGGGACAUUGUCCAGUUUGUGCCGUUCCGGGAUUACAUGGACCGGACGGGGAACCACGUGUUGAGCAUGGCACGACUGGCCAAAGACGUUCUGGCCGAGAUUCCCGACCAGUUCAUUUCUUACAUGAAGAGCCGGGGGAUCAAACCCAAUCCAGCGCCGCCUCCAUACACACCGCCGGGACACACACACCACACACAGAUCUGAGCUUUAGGCGUUCGCUCCCAGUGUGUUUGAACUCUCCGAGACACUCCGAGGUACAGUGGCGUUUCUGUUCGUGCCAUUUCAAUUCUCUGCCCGUUUUUUUCUGGGAAGGACAGUGUGACCCAAGGGCAGCUUUUUUUGUUUUGUUUAAAAAUGUCUAUAUCUUGGCCUGUGACUGUUUCUUAUUUUGUGGAUCGUUUGACGAGAGGAUGAAGAGCCGGAGGAGGGUUGGAGAUGUUUGUGGUUUCAACUUGUGCCUGUGUGUGACUGUCUCAGUGUCCCAGGACAAGUGUGCCCUAAUCUGACAUUGGACCGUUCUCCACAUCGGUACACUAGAGUGUGCGCGUGGCGUUUUUAGAUCCGUACCGCUUUCAUUACGUAUCAGGGCAGGCCUGUGUCGGUUUGGGGUUAUUAUGUUUAUGGAAAAAUGUUUGUCAGUUUCCAUUGUGGUUUAGGAGAACGAUCAUUUUGGGAUGAGAGAUGUACUAGUUGCAACACCGGCUCUUUGGGAAAACGUGCCUCUACCUGCUUUUCUUAACACUAUCAGGUAUGUUGGGUUUGGUGGAAGUGCUAAUGUUAUUUUCAAACUGGAUAGAGCAUUAACAUUUUAGCGCCACACACCCAACACUACAACAACCAGUGUAAUAAAACAUUGCCAGAUGUUCACGUUCAUCUUUCAGAGAAACUGUACACAAGAUGUGCUGGACGCAAUGCAAUAUCAUUUUUCAGGAAUAUCACCACUGGCACGUUUUUCCAAUGAGGCUUGACUAUAUUUUCCCACAAUUCCACACAGAACACCUGCUUAAAGUCAAUGUCGAAGCAUAACCUGCAUCAAUAAGUUAUGAUGCACUACUCUCAGUACUCUGUGCUUCUGUAGGAAUGGCAUUGUGGUGGAGCCUGUAAGUGCGGCUCAUGAGCUCAGAGCGCUCACACACUCAACUAGAGUUCAUUCACCAACUCAAUUUUGUCAAGAGGCUUUUAAUCAAAUCAGAGUGUCUGAUGGAUCUGUGCUCUGCCGCUAUAGGCUGCGUGGAGGAGCAUUACAGGCCAGUCUGGAUAUAAUAACCAUCAGCAUUAUAGAUGUAUUCCUGCUGACCAGAGCAUCAAACAUCACUGCCCUUUUCAUCCCUAGAUGUCGUCACUGCAUUCAUUCUGUCUAUAUGUGCGUUUAUACUAGUGAUGGGCUAAUAUAUCGAUACUGGUGUCGAGAAUCGAAAGUAUUGAUACUCAAAUAAAAAUAUCGAUACUACAGGGUUUUUUACCAGUGAUUUUGUUUAUUUGACAAGACAUCGAAUGCGUACAAUAUGCGUAAUGAAUAACCUAUGUUAGUGAAUAAUUGUGUAGUAGAACCACUUUCCUGCUUAGCUGAACUGAACACACACAAAUGCUGCAAGUCAGAACUAAUCAAUCAUAGAGAGCAUUCCUUAUGGAAAUGAACAUUACAGUGAGCAUAGUUCAAAUAGGCCUCUAAUAUUUUGUAGAUUUCCAUGGUUACCACUACAAGUAAACAUUUUAACCAUGUGUAAAUAAUAAUAUAAUUUAAUAAAUUCCAAUUAAGGCAUAUUGAAUGUUAAAAAUGCCUUUCAAAUAUAAUGGACCCAUUUUAAUCUUUGUAAUUUGAUCAUUUAAGACAUUUUCUAAUUUAAAAGUUCAGUUUAAAGGUAUCGUAUUGGUAUCGGUAUCGACGAUACUGGCCUUGAAAGUAUCGGUAUCGUAUCGAAAACAAAAUACGUGGUAUCGCCCAUCACUAGUUUAUACACCCCAUUUUAAAAUUCAUAAUAAUGCUCUUUUUUAGUUGUUUUCAGUUGAUUUUCUUUAGUUGAAUUGGUUUGUAUUUAUUGCUUUUUUUAAUUCUACGUUUUCACGGUUAAGGACCAUUUUAUAAAUAAAUGAUCAGAUUUUUUAACACCGCAUACCACAUUAAUAUAAUAUUAAAAAGUCCUUUUUCAUUAUUUAUUCUAUUUGUAUGCUUAUACACCUCAGUUUUAAAUUCAUUAUAAUGUAUUUGUUUUUGUCAGUUUAUUUCCUUCAGUUUGUAUUUAUUGCACACUUUAUUAUUGCUUUUUUUAUUCUACAUUUUUAAUGUUUUGGUACC